AUGCCUGACAACGUCGCUCGCCGCCGCUAUUGCUUCGCCGCCGCCGCCCUCGGCGCCGCGACGGUGGCGCUAUCUGGGUGCUUUGCCGACCCGCCGAAGCGGGCCUUCGAGGACAUCGCCGCGCUCCCCAGCCGGGAAGAGUUCGUCGAGAUUGAAUUGGGCGACUUCGUCGUGCCGAUCCCGAUCAUCCUCCAACCAACCGACAACGCCUUUCGACCCGACAACCUGAUGCAGGUCGAGUUCGGGCUGUUCAUCGUCGUCGAGCCGAGAGACGAGAAGCUCGUGAAGCGGUUGAAGGAUCGCAACGAGGGCCGUAUCCACGACAGCGUGAUCCGCGUUUGCCGCAACACGGCGCGCGACGAUCUGCUCGAAGCGCAGAAGUCACGCAACAUGCUUGCCGAUUCGAAGUCCUACUUGCUGUCCGGCCUGAUGCUGAUUGCGCUGGCUUCACCUACCAGCGGUGCGCCGAGCGAAGGCGGCGGCAGAGAAGCUCCCACGGUGCGGGCCGUAUCGAUUGGCGAGUACUCGAUCAGCGACCUCCGUGCCGUCGAGGGCGCGAAGCUGCGGAUCGGCUUCGAGCUCUACGUUGACGCCGACGACGAACACGCGCCGGGGUUGCAUGAACUGGUGGGCGCAUACAAGCACCGCAUCCGCAGCGAAGUGAUCGUGGCGAUCCGCACUUGCGAACAGACCGACUUCGAAGAGCCCGACCUCGACCGCAUGCGGCGGCGGGUCUUGGCGAGGCUCCGGCGCGCCCUGCCGGAGCUGCCGAUCGAAAAGCUUUACGUCGGCGCGUUCCAGUACUUCACCGAGUGA